CCUGCUCGGCACCUCCUCGGCGGCAGCGGCUCCUCCAGGCGCCCGCGCGUCCGCGUCCGGCCGCGUCCCGCCGCGCUCAGAACCGCCAUGGAGGCGCAGGCACAAGGCUUACUGGAGACAGAACCACUGCAAGGAAGAGAUGAGGAUGCGGUAGCCAGGGCUGACUUCUCUAGCAUGCUGUCUGAGGAGGAGAAAGAAGAGUUAAAGGCAGAAUUAGUUCAGCUAGAAGACGAAAUUACAACAUUGCGACAAGUUUUGUCGGCAAAGGAAAGGCACCUGGUGGAGAUCAAGCAGAAGCUUGGCAUGAAUCUGAUGAACGAACUGAAGCAGAACUUCAGCAAGAGCUGGCACGACAUGCAGACCACCAGCGCAUACAAGAAAACACAGGAAACCCUGAGCCAAGCUGGACAGAAGGCCACAGCAGCUUUCAGCAAUGUGGGAACAGCCAUCAGCAAGAAGUUUGGAGACAUGAGGUCUCACUCUAUCGGAUACUCCAUUCGCCAUUCCAUAAGUAUGCCUGCCAUGAGGAAUUCUCCUACUUUCAAAUCAUUUGAGGAGAGGGUUGAGACAACUGUCACAAGCCUUAAGACGAAAGUAGGUGGGACAAGCCACAGCGGAGGCAGUUUUGAGGAGGUCCUCAGCUCCACAGCACAAGCCAGUUCCCAGAGCACUUCGGGAGGCCCCCGGCAGGCCAAGGCCGACGAGCUGCAAUGCUAGGCCCAGCCUGCAGACACUGCCCCACCCAUCUCUGCCUGGGCAUAUCCAGAUAUGAAGACCAAAACCCCACUGGGAAACGGAAGUUUUGAUAUCAUCAUUCGAGUGGCCUCUGCAGAAAGUUUAAUAAAAUUAUUUCCAUAGGUAUACUUGUUGACAAUGGGCCACUUGACCAUCACACUGCAGAAUUCAUAGAUUGUCAUCUUUUAAAAUUGGAGUAAGGUAUACAGUUGGUCAUAACUUCUGUCUGUGUAACUCGAUGUAUAUUUCUCAGACAUGAAGCUUUAAUCAUUUGCUUUGGUUUUUGCUUGGCCUCCCUUACAACGUGCAUGUCCUUGAAGGCUGAGGUUGUACUUCCCAAUUCAUAGACCAGCUCUUGACAACUAUCUCCAGCAACAGAAUUACUCCCUGGAAAUCCCAUCAAACUGCUUGUCAUCUCCCUCCUCUACAUCAAUUCUGUAUGGCUAUUUAAGUAAUUAAAAUAAUUGGUUUUAAUGA